CUCAAAUACAACACACAUUCAUAACAACCAAAACAUAACAAAUCAUUCAUUGAUUACAAGAGAAAACCACAAACCGAUGAAAGAGUUGUCGAUUGGGCGGAGGUUUGUGUCCAUCACUGCUACACAAUAAACACAUCCAUAUAUUAGUGUCAAUCCAUACCAUUAUUGUCACCCAUUAUACCAAUCAAUCACUGGAGAGGAUGUCAAGCAUUCAUAAGUUGAAGUCAGCCGAGAGGGCGAAAGUGAGACAAUUCAUACAAUUGACGAAUUGCUCGGAGAAGAUAGCGAUCAACUGUUUGGCGCAGAAUGAGUGGCGUCUGGAGAUGGCGUGCGACUCCUUCUUCACGAGUCCCGACCAAUACAUGAAAGUCGUCGACAGGAAGAAGAUCGACAACUGGUUCGCCAAAUACUCGCAGAGCAACGACAAGAUACUCGUCGACGGAUGCAUUCAACUGCUCGAUGACCUCAAUCUGCGCCCAAACGACCGCAAAGUCUUGAUUUUGGCGCAACGGCUUCGGGCGCAGAGACAGUGCGAGUUCACUAAACACGAGUUCACUAAUGGUAUGAUUGACAUGAACUGCGACUCCAAUCACGCCUUAUAUCAACGUUUGGUCGAAUUGGACAACGAGUUGACCACCGAUUUGAAUAAACUGCGAGAUCUGUAUCUCUUUGCCUGGCAUUACGGCAAACAACUGGAGGCCAAAACCAUGGAUUGGGAGACAGCCGUCGAGUACUGGAACAUACUUUUGUACAAUUGUGUGAACAAACAGUUGCUUCAGCUGUGGAUUGAGUUCGUGUCACAAAACGCAAAGGCGGUCACUAAAGACACGUGGAAUCUAUUGCUGGAGUUCGCGACGAGUAUUGACUCAACGCUCAGUAAUUAUGACUUUGACGGCGCGUGGCCUACGCUUAUCGAUGAUUUCGUGUUGUGGGCCAGGGAUCGACUCAAAGCACACAAUACGCGCCCAACCAUUCAAUCCAAUCAAUGAUAAACCCAUUGUUCAGUCAUCAUAUUUUCUUUUAAUUUUGUAAUUAAAUAAUUGAAUUGUUUUUUUCUCUAGAAAUUGUUUCAAUCGAUUUUUUCUUUAUAUGAAACUAUAUUUAUAAACAGUU